UGUAAUUCACUUUAGGCCAUGGCACAAACAACAAUCGUCCUUUCAAUUUUACUUCUCAGCUUCUUCGCGAAUACUGUAGCACCUAAUCAGAUAUGUAAAAUUGUUCUGCCUCACAAAUUAAGAUAUCUUGAAAACAUGUUAAACGCAGAAGUCAUAGCUAAAGCCGCAAAACUUCGACAAAGAAUGGAAGCGAAUCCAAACAUUCAAGACAGUGAGAAAAAUUGGCCGAUAUUACUUGCUAAGUUCCAAACAGAUGAAAAGUAUAAAAAACUCGCACCUUAUGCAUAUAAUAAUAUAUACGGAAGACGAAUUCCAAACUUGUAACAGCAGUACAGAUAAAUAUUUUUAGUUCCUAAGCUUUUGUUUAAUAAUGUCAAAGAAUCGUAAUUAAAACAAA